UGGGAGAGGUGACGGAUGGGGGAUCCGGACUCCUAGGUCUCGGAGAGGAGGUUGACGGGGGCCAAGAAACCUGGGUGUGAGGGAGGAGGAGUCUGGGGGCCUGGACUUUUGGCUAUCACCCUCCAGUGUAUUUGUGUGUUGGGGACGUGGAAGUGAUAAGAACACAAAAGAAUCUUUUCUCUUCAGCCUUAAGUAUAUCUGCGGUAUGUGAGAUGGAUUUUUGAUUGAUUUCUGGGACACCCGGGUUUCCUUGGGACUUCAGCAGAGUUAAAGAGGUGGGCAAGAGUACUGGGAGUUUAUUGGAGAUGCAGACUCUUGCUCCACACACACUAAUGGACCAAGCCCGGGAGAGACCCUCGGUGCCUGAGCGGAGAGGAGCUAGGGUCCGGCCUCCUGCGUCCUUUAAAGCCUCCCUGCCCGCCCCACAAUGUGGCAACCUCUGGUCCUGCUGCUGCUGCUCCCCUCUCCUUUGGUGCCCCCCUCCGCUGCAGCACCGAUCCGCGAUGCUGAUGCCCAGGAGAGCUCCUCGGGUAUUCUGGGCCUCCAGAGCCUAAUCCAAGGCUUCACCCGGCUGUUCCUCAAAGAUGACUUUCUGCGGGGCAUGGACAGCUUCUUCUCUGCCCCCAUGGAUUUCCGGGGCCUCCCCAGGAAUUACCACCUAGAAGGGAACCAGGAGCACCGGCUGGGGAACAACACUCUCUCUAGCCACCUCCAGAUUGACAAGGUGACAGACAACAAAACUGGAGAGGUGCUGAUCUCUGAGCAGGUGGUGGCGUCCACUGAGCCGGGAGAGGGGAAUUUGGAGAGUGACUGGAAGGUGCCCAAGAUAGAGGAGAAGGAGGCCCUGGUGCCUGUCCCUAAAGCCAUCGACACCUUUCGCCCUGAACCCCAUCCCCGAGUCGCCUUCUGGAUCAUGAAGCUGCCACGCAGGAGAUCCCACCAGGAUGUUCAGGAGGGCGGCCGCUGGCUCAUCGAGAAGCGACACCGCUUGCAGGCCAUCCGGGACGGGCUCCGCGAGGGGACCCACGAGGACAGCCUCGAAGAGGGGACCCAGGGAUCCUCCCACUCAAAGCUGCCCUCCCGCAAGACCCACUUCCUGUACAUCCUCAGGCCCUACCAGCAGCUAUAGGGAUGGGGAGGGAGCUGGAGAACACCUGCAUGUACCCCCCACCAGACCCCACCCCAAGCUCCAUAUGGAAAUAAAGUUCUUACAUCUAGCA